AUGAUGAUUCUAAUGGCAGUUUUGAUCUGGUCAGCCACUCUAGAGACCUGCAUUGCCAGAAAAGGAAGACACUGGAAACACCACCAUAGCAGCUCCUCCUCCUUGUCUGAUUCCUUGUCCAGCAAGAAACCAAAAAGCCAUGAGAAUAGUCAUUCCCAUAAGUCAAAACCCAAACCAAAACCGAAGGUAAAAACUCCUUCUCCAAAGUCCGGUGUCGGCUCACCUGUCGUAUCACAACCACCACAAGUCCCACCAUCACCACAAGUUCAACCACCACCACCACAAGUCCAAGCACCACCACCACAAGUCCAAGCACCACCACCACAUCUUCCGUUGAAGCCAGUUGAGGGCUCUCAAGAAUUCAAUGUGCUUGAUUUUGGCGCUAAAGGUGAUGGAAUGAGUGAUGACACUAAGGCGUUUGAAGCAGCAUGGGGAUCUGCUUGCAAAGUGGAGGCUUCAACGAUGAUCAUACCGUCUGAUUACAUCUUCCUAGUUGGCCCAAUUUCCUUCUCUGGACCUUAUUGUCAAGCAAACAUUGUCUUCCAGCUAGACGGAAUGAUUGUAGCUCCUAAUGAUCCUGAUACAUGGGGAAGAGGACUACUGUGGUGGAUUGAGUUCACAAAGCUCAAAGGUAUUAAAAUACAAGGGAGUGGUGUUAUUGAUGGAAGAGGCACUGUUUGGUGGCAACAAGAUCAACCUUUUGAUUAUCCUAUCGACGAUGACUUCAAGCUCAUUGUCCCUUUAAACAAUUCUGUUCAAGAACAUCCUCCAAUGCCGAUAAGAAGUGAGCUUAAUGAUAUGCCAAGCAUUAAACCAACGGCGUUACGGUUCUAUGGAAGUAUUGAUGUCACAGUCACCGGAAUAACGAUUCAGAAUAGUCCUCAAUGUCAUCUCAAGUUUGACAACUGCGUCCAAGUUUUAGUUCAUGAUGUGAAUGUGUCUUCUCCUGGAGACAGUCCAAACACAGAUGGGAUACAUCUUCAGAACAGCAGAGAUGUCAUGAUUCAUAGCAGCACAUUAGCUUGCGGAGAUGAUUGUAUUUCCAUACAAACAGGUUGCACCAAUGUGUAUGUUCACAGUGUGAAUUGUGGACCAGGACAUGGGAUCAGCAUUGGGAGUCUCGGUAAAGACAGUACCAAAGCUUGUGUCUCCAACAUAACAGUAAGAGAUGUUGUCAUGCACAACACAAUGACCGGUGUCAGGAUCAAGACAUGGCAAGGAGGUGUAGGAUCAGUGAAAGGAGUGCUUUUCUCAAACAUCCAACUAUCAGAGGUUCAGCUUCCGAUAGUGAUUGACCAAUUCUACUGUGAUCACAGCAAGUGCAUGAACCAUACUUCAGCAGUGGCUGUAGAAGGAGUCACAUAUGAGAAGAUAAGAGGCACUUACACAGUGAAGCCUGUGCAUUUUGCUUGUAGCGACAGUUUCCCUUGCGUUGAUGUGCAGUUAUCAGGGAUUGAGCUGAAGCCAGUGCAACAACAGUACCACAUGUAUGAUCCAUUUUGCUGGAAAACAUUUGGAGAGCUCAAUUCGCCGACUGUUCCACCUAUUGAUUGCUUACAGAUUGGGAAGCCAGCUAGAAAUGGAGUGCAUACAGAUCAUGAUAUUUGUGUAUGA